CUUUCUUUUUUGCCGCUCCAUGUCUGACCUAUCAGUUACCGGGACUGGUAUUGGCUCAGACCCUACGCCUACUGGUGUUCAGUCCGGAAGUACUGGGUCUUCUGUUGGAGAUCAACACACGCCUAGUGGCCAGUCCAAAUCCAAAAAGGACGUCGGCGUGCAAUCUGCAGGCACAAAGAGUGACGUAAAUAUAGCCUCGAAAACACAAUUUUUAUUUGCCGCUAUGGCUUUCGCUUUUGGUGCGGAAAAUACAUGGGUUGUACCGAGUUACGUAGGAAAGUCAGGCAUGGUAUUCAUAAUUCAAUUUGCCAUUUGUUAUCUACUAGCAGCUGUCCCGAUGCUGUACUUGGAAAUUGCUAUGGGACAGUUCACGUCAGCUUCUCCAUUCAGCAUCUAUCAAAUGAUGUCUCCUGCAAUGGGUGGAGUUCCAGCAGGCAUGUGUUUUUUGCUAAUUAUCAGAAGUGUUGCAAUCUCUGUGUGGGCAAGCGAAGCACUUGUGCUCUUCUUAGCUUCUAUGAAAGGUCUUUUCACUGAGGUACCUUGGACAAAGUGUGGAGACUUUGAGGAUUGUUAUGACUACAGGCUGGCUUCGCGUUGUUUGUUUGCAUCGCCAAACGACACUGUAUGUCAAGGAUUCAUAAAUGCCAUGGUGAUCACCAGAUCCGACCACAUCAGAAAUAGUGCUCUGGCUUCAUACGUCCAUGCUAUUGUGCAAGAGAAUGAGGAGAUCACAGCGCAGAGAUUCAUGCCGCAUUGGUUUCUGCUGGUGUCACUGUUUCUGAUAUGGCUGAUGGCCUGUGCAGGAGCGAGCGUAGGAAUUCGAUUCUUAAGCAAAACCGCAUAUUUGGCUGUUGCUUUGGCAGUCAUUUCUACAAUUACGUUCUUUUUCAUAGCGCUCCUUGUUGGUAAUGUGCGCCAAUCGAUCAUGAUUUUCAUGCAACCACCCUACAAUCUGUUGUUAAGUGUGGAGAGGUGGAUAGUUGCAGCGGGGCAUGCGUUGAUAGCUCUGAAUGUUUCCACCGGUGGCAUGAUUAAACUCGCAUCAUCCCGCGGUUUUCACAUGGGAAUCGUUUGGGAUGUUGUCAUCAUUGCUAGCGUAGUUCUGUUGUACCAUGCACUCACCUUAGCAGCCAUUGUGAUGUUCAUGGAGAAGUUUGCAGCUCAGGUAUAUCCAUUCGAUGAUCCAAAAAAGCGUUUCAUUUUUGUCACUUCGCCCCGUUACAUGCCACUUAUUAUCAUUGUUGAAGUGUUUAUGACGAUGCCUCUAUCAUGGUUACUAAGCGCUCUGCACUUUCUGGCUAGAUUGAUCAUUCCCAUGCAAACAUUGAUGACGAAUGUCUGGGUAGUAGUGACAAUGUUGCGUGAGAAGUAUGCCGACUCAACGAAGAAGCACCUUUCAAUUUUUUAUGUGUGGUUGUUGCUAAUCUUGCUUUGCAUUUGCGGAUAUAUCGUCAGCUGUAUGUUCAUUAUGCCCGGAGGCUUGGCAAUGUCCAUAUCUGUCCAGAUGAUCAGUGGUUUUAGUUCACUUAUCAUUGGUUUUCUUCAACUUGUCACUGUUGCCUAUAUUUAUGGUUUUCGUCGCUUCUCUGUAAAUAUACGCACAAUGACGGAAGCGUUUGGCCCCAUGAACUUCUUUUGGUGGUUCAACUGGAUUAUUACUUCUCCAUUUCUUCAUCUGGCCUGCUUUGUGGCCACGUUCACUGUGACUUACAAGUACAUGUGGGAGCAAAUAUUCUGGCGUAUAGUGUUCUCGGUCACUACAGUCGCCUGGGUGCCACUCAAUUUAUUCUACAAAAAUCGUGAGCGAAAACACUACAACGAGAAAUUCAAGACCAUGUUUCGACCACGGAAAGAUUGGGGACCAUCAAACGUUUAUGAUAGGGAACAAGCCAUCAGAAUGGAGCGAGCACUUCGUGUGCGAUAAUUUCAAGAUUCAGCCUAAAGAUCCGA